AUGUUCCGUCUCAUAACUAAUUUUCAUCCAAAAGGAGACCAACCCACUGCUAUCAAGAAAAUAGUCGAAAGUAUUCACAAAGGAGAAAAAGAGCAAGUUCUUUUGGGAGCCACCGGCACCGGCAAAACUUUUACCAUGGCAAACAUUAUCCAACUAACCCAAAAACCUACUCUAAUUCUAGCUCAUAAUAAAACCUUGGCGAUGCAAAUCUAUCAAGAAAUGCAAGGAUUUUUUCCUCAUAAUAAGGUUGAAUAUUAUGUUUCUUAUUUUGAUUAUUAUCAACCAGAAGCCUAUAAACCCGCUAGUGAUAUGUAUAUUGGCAAAAAAGUUCAAAGAAAUGCCAGCAUUGCCAAAAUGCGCUUAAAAACUUUAAAUUCUUUGGUUACUGAUAGACACGUAAUCGUGGUGGCUUCUGUGGCCGCCAUUUAUGGCUGCUUUAAUCCCACCUCUUAUCGAAAAGUAGUAAUUCAUUUAGAAAAAGGGCAGAGAGUGGAUAAGGACCUGCUUCAAGAAAAAUUAUUGCUUCUCGGAUAUAAAAAUGACAAAAAGAUCAACCCAGGAAAUUGCCAAAUAAAGGAGAACAAAAUCAACUUCAUGCUAGGUUGGGAAGAGAAUUACUAUUUCUCGUUAAGUAUUAAGGGAAACGAGAUUCAAAAAAUAGAAAAAAUAAAUCAGCAAACGGAUGAAAUAACAAAAGAACUGCAAAAAAUUGCUAUUCCGCCCAGCCAGGACUAUGUGGGUGAAGAAGGAGAAGAAUUAACCGAAAUUCUAGCAAGAAUUGAGAGAGAAUUGAAUGAACAAAAAGAAUACUUUUGCCAAGAAGGAAAAUUUUUAGAAGCCGAAAGAUUAGAAAAAAGGGUUCAGGAAGAUUUAUUUAACUUGCGGGAAAUGGGUUUUUGUCCCGGAAUUGAAAAUUAUGCCCGCUAUUUUGACGGAAGAAGUGAGGGAGAGACCCCUUUUGUCUUGCUGGAUUACUUUCCCAAGGAUUUUUUAACUAUUAUUGACGAGUCCCACAUUACCAUCCCUCAAGUCAGGGCCAUGUAUAACACUGACCGCCGCCGCAAGGAAACCUUAGUAAAAUAUGGCUUUCGCUUACCUUCCGCCCUGGAUAACCGUCCUUUAAACCAGGAAGAAUUUUUUGCCAAAAUUGGCUAUUCUCUUUAUGUUUCUGCUACCCCAGGCGAUUUCGAACUAGAGAAAGUAAAUUAUCAGCCAGUGGAACAAAUUAUUCGUCCGACUGGCCUGCUUGACCCUGAAAUAGAAGUAAGAACCACCCGCAACCAAAUUGCCGACAUCAUGGAAGAAAUAAAAGAAAAAAGCCACCGAGGAGAAAAAGUGCUUAUCUAUGCUUUAACUAUUGCUAUGUCGGAAGAUAUUGCGGCUUUUUUACAAGAAAGAAAUAUCCGAGUAGUUUAUCUUCACAGCCGUCUAGAAAUUUUUGAAAGAUACCAAGCCAUUACUAGUUUACGGCGCGGAGUGUAUGACGUAAUAGUUGGAAUUAACCUGCUAAAAGAAGGAAUAGACCUGCCUGAAGUUUCUUUGGUUUGUAUUCUAGAUGCUGAUAAACCUGGAUUUUUGCGGGACACUCGUGCCAUUGAGGAAACCAACCGUCGCCGCCAAAUUCAGAAAGAACACAACCGUCAGAAUAAUAUCGUCCCUCAAACCGUUGAAAAACCGGUUAAGGAUAUUGCUCUUGACCCUCUAAUAGCCCUGUUAAUAGAAAAAGCCCAAAAAGGAGAAAUGGAAGAAAAAGAAUUAAAAAAAUUGGUUAAAGAUUUGCGAAGACAAAUGAAAAGAUUUACUCGGGAAUUUAAGUUUGACCAAGCCAUUGCUUUUCGUAAUGCCCUUUUAGACUUAGAAAAGAUAGAGAUUGCU